GUGAGGCCCAGCAGCCCCCAGAUGAUUGGCUAGACGAUCGGACGAUCCUCUCUCAUUGGUCGCAGGCUCAGCCGGCUCCGAGUGUGCGUAAGCCGAAGGUUCCUUCCGCUUCGCGUCUCCUUUGACCGGAGACAGACGGAGCGCCGGCGCCCCGGUUCGGUGACCUCUAGGGAGAUCGGGAGGAUCCAAGGAUUCUGUAGCUACAAUGUUGUCAAGACUUUUCCGAAUGCAUGGCCUUUUUGUGGCCUCCCAUCCCUGGGAAGUCAUAGUGGGGACGGUGACACUGACCAUCUGUAUGAUGUCCAUGAACAUGUUUACUGGUAACGAUAAGAUCUGUGGUUGGAAUUAUGAGUGUCCCAAGUUUGAAGAGGAUGUUUUAAGCAGUGACAUCAUAAUUCUGACGAUAACACGAUGCAUAGCGAUCCUGUAUAUUUACUUCCAGUUCCAGAAUUUACGUCAACUUGGAUCAAAAUAUAUUUUGGGUAUUGCUGGCCUCUUCACGAUUUUCUCAAGUUUCGUAUUCAGUACGGUUGUCAUUCAUUUCUUGGAUAAAGAAUUGACAGGCUUGAAUGAAGCUUUGCCCUUUUUCCUACUUUUGAUUGACCUUUCCAGAGCAAGUGCACUAGCAAAGUUUGCCCUCAGUUCCAACUCACAGGAUGAAGUGCGGGAAAAUAUCGCUCGUGGAAUGGCAAUUUUAGGUCCCACGUUCACCCUUGAUGCCCUUGUAGAAUGUCUUGUGAUUGGAGUUGGAACCAUGUCAGGGGUGCGUCAACUUGAGAUUAUGUGCUGCUUUGGCUGCAUGUCAGUUCUUGCCAACUACUUUGUGUUCAUGACUUUUUUCCCAGCUUGCGUUUCCUUGGUUUUAGAGCUUUCUCGGGAAAGCCGUGAGGGUCGUCCGAUUUGGCAGCUGAGCCAUUUUGCUCGAGUUUUAGAAGAAGAAGAAAAUAAGCCAAAUCCUGUUACUCAGAGAGUUAAGAUGAUUAUGUCUCUAGGCUUGGUUCUGGUUCAUGCGCACAGUCGCUGGAUAGCUGAUCCUUCGCCUCAAAACAGUACGGCAGAAAAUUCUAAGGUUUCUUUAGGAUUGGAUGAAAGUGUGUCCAAGAGAAUUGAACCAAGUGUUUCCCUCUGGCAGUUUUAUCUCUCUAAAAUGAUCAGCAUGGAUAUUGAACAAGUUAUUACCCUUAGUUUAGCUCUCCUUCUGGCUGUCAAGUACAUCUUCUUUGAACAAGCUGAGACAGAAUCUACACUCUCAUUAAAAAACCCUAUCACAUCUCCUGUAGUGACCCCCAAAAAAGUCCCAGAUGAUUGUUGUAGACGUGAACCUAUACUGGUCAGAAAUAGCCAGAAAUUCCAUGCAGUGGAGGAAGAGACCAGGAUAAACAGAGAAAGAAAAGUUGAGGUCAUAAAACCCUUAGUGGCAGAAACUGACACCUCCAGCAGAGCUACAUUUGUGGUUGGUAACUCUUCCUUACUUGAUACUUCACUGGAACUAGAGGCACAGGAACCUGACAUUGAACUUCCCAUCGAGCCUCGGCCUAAUGAAGAAUGUCUACAGAUACUUGGGAAUGCAGAGAAAGGUGCAAAAUUCCUUAGUGAUGCUGAGAUCAUCCAAUUAGUUAAUGCUAAGCAUAUCCCAGCUUACAAGUUGGAAACUCUGAUGGAAACCCAUGAACGAGGUGUAUCUAUUCGCCGACAGUUACUGUCCAGAAAACUUCCAGAGCCUUCUUCUCUCCAGUAUCUACCUUACAGGAACUAUAAUUACUCCUUGGUGAUGGGAACUUGUUGUGAGAAUGUUAUUGGAUAUAUGCCCAUCCCUGUUGGGGUGGCAGGACCUCUGUGCUUGGAUGGAAAAGAAUACCAGGUGCCGAUGGCGACAACAGAAGGUUGUCUUGUGGCCAGCACUAACAGAGGCUGCAGAGCAAUAGGUCUUGGUGGAGGUGCCAGCAGCCGAAUCCUUGCAGAUGGGAUGACCCGUGGCCCAGUGGUCCGUCUCCCCCGUGCUUGUGACUCCGCAGAGGUGAAGGCCUGGCUGGAGACACCUGAAGGGUUCACAGUGAUAAAGGAGGCUUUUGACAGUACCAGCAGAUUUGCACGUUUACAGAAACUUCAUAUGAGUAUGGCUGGUCGCAACCUUUAUAUCCGUUUCCAGUCCAGGUCAGGUGAUGCCAUGGGGAUGAACAUGAUUUCAAAGGGCACAGAGAAGGCACUUUCGAAACUUCAUGAGUAUUUCCCUGAAAUGCAGAUUCUAGCAGUCAGCGGUAACUAUUGUACUGACAAGAAACCUGCAGCUAUAAAUUGGAUAGAGGGAAGAGGGAAGUCUGUGGUUUGUGAAGCUGUCAUUCCAGCCAAGGUUGUCAGAGAAGUAUUAAAGACGACUACGGAAGCUAUGAUUGAGGUCAACAUUAAUAAGAAUCUGGUGGGCUCUGCCAUGGCCGGGAGCAUUGGAGGUUACAACGCCCAUGCGGCGAACAUCGUAACCGCCAUCUACAUUGCCUGUGGACAGGAUCCAGCACAAAAUGUUGGUAGUUCAAACUGUAUUACUUUGAUGGAAGCAAGCGGCCCCACGAAUGAAGAUCUGUAUAUCAGCUGCACCAUGCCGUCUAUAGAAAUAGGAACUGUGGGCGGUGGGACCAACCUGCUCCCUCAGCAAGCUUGUUUGCAGAUGCUAGGUGUUCAAGGAGCAUGCAAAGACAACCCUGGGGAAAAUGCCCGGCAGCUUGCCAGGAUCGUGUGCGGUACAGUAAUGGCCGGGGAAUUGUCACUGAUGGCAGCGUUGGCAGCCGGACAUCUUGUCAAAAGUCACAUGAUUCACAACAGGUCAAAGAUAAAUUUACAAGACCUCCAAGGAACUGGCACUAAGAACUCUGCUUGAGUAGUCUGACAGAUCUGAACUGAAACACGGGCAUUGGGUUCUAAAGGACUAACAUAAAAUCUGUGAAUUAAAAAGCUCAGUGCGGUGUUAUGUUGAGGAUGAAUAGACAUGAUCUGUGAGGUGCCUGCUUGGUGUUUGGCUCUUUCAGGGAUCCUUCUUUCCAUGCAGAUUUCUCGGAUCCGAAAAUAGUAUAGUGCUUUAUGUGCUGUGCUCUCUGGAAGGAAAGAUCUCAACAUGGAUAUCAUGCUCUGAACAUCACAGAUUGUAACCUACAGCUCACUUCUGAAAGAGAAUACGAGAUGGAAACAAGUGUUUUCUUUUGAUGAAAUCCAUGGAAUUCGUGGUGAUCAGUGUGAGAUUGACCCUUCUCUCCAUCCUCUCCUCCCUCCUGGUUGAAAAUGGAGUUUUAAAUUAUACUGUAGCUGACAAACUGAUUUCAUAAUUAAUUUAUUGAGUCUGGGUUAUAGAACUUAAAUAAGAGCUAAGUUUAUUUUUUGUAAACUAAUAAUUCAUUUGGUGCUGGUCUCUUUUGAUUUCUUUUUGGGUAGCCAUUGUGAUUCUUCAGAAGGGGGCCUACUUUCUUCAAGGGAAGAAUUACUCUUAUUCCCAAACUACUGAAUAAUGUGCCAAGCAGUGCUAAUAGUUCUCUGUCAAGAAAACAAAUCACUACAUUCAUCUCUGUAGGCUAUUUGUUCAGAGAGGCCUCUUGUCUAAAUAUAAAUGUCUGUCUAGAUUGCUAUAACAUUUCUUGUAGUGUAAGACUUUAAGAAACAAGAGUUUUGCACUCUUUAAACAUACGAGAGCUCUUAAUAUUGCUUAGACAAAGGGGACUCUCUUUAUCAAGAACGUACAAGUCUGACCUCUCAGAGCUCAGAGGUUGGAAAACACAGGCUUGAAAAAAAUGCCGUUUCUCUAAGCCAACUUUAAUUGCUUAAAAGACUUAAAUUUAUUUAGCUGAAAAAUCUAGGUGGUUUUUUGUAAAGAACUGUAUCAAAUCUGUAUAUGUUGUAAUAAAACUUCUUAUGCUAGGAGUUUAUUGAAAGUGUUCAAGAAAUAAAUAAAAAUCAACUUGUGUACUGAUAAGACACUCUAAGCUUGGGCCAGAAAACAGAGUUGUUUAAUGUUGUCCAGGAAACCCUGGCUUGCCUUUCAAGCCCAGCGAAAGGGAAAGUCAGCUUUCAGAGCCAGUGAAGGUGCCACAUGAAUGGCCCUGGAGGAGCGUACUUUGUUCCUGUGGCCAGGAGGCUGGUGACCAAAACAUUCACACAAGGCUCUUUGGAUAGACCCAUAAAGGCUCUUUGCUUCCUCAGGGGGUCAGCAGAGUUGUUGAAUCUUAACGUUUUUUUAAUGUACAAGUUUUGUAUAAAUAAUAAAGAACUCCUUAUUUUAUAUUACAUCUAAUGUUUCAAGUGUUGGUCUUGGAGAGAGAAGAUGGACUCUGAAGGACAUUCCAGUAAUGCCGUGGCAGCAUGGAGAGCCUCUGAGUGAUUGUGUCUGCAUUACUGUUGUGGAAGAUUGACCUUUGCUGUUGUAUGUAAAGUUUAAAUUGCUUCCGUUGUGACUUGCAGCCAGUGACUUCUUAUUUAUCCAAACUUUUCAUGGAAGUGGCAGUGAAAAGUGUGAGUCUUCAUUCUGGUGACUGUAACCAAUAUUGUCUUGCUAAAUGAAUGUUUUGUACAAUUACUAAAUUGUAUACAUUUUGUUAUACUUUUUUCCCAGUUCCAGUAAAUUAUGAAAAGGAGGUUAAUAUUGAUUAGUGUAAGCAGUAACCUUUUUUUGUUUGGACUGACCGUUGGCCUGAGGCCUGAAAGCUUGAAAGGCAGGCCAGAGUGGUAACCUAAAUACUCCCACUGGGUGUCCCAUGACCAUUUAUUAUUCUUCGUCAUAUGCUCCAAUUCCUACAGCAUUAAUGGCAGGCCAGUGUUGUAUGUGCAUUACAUUACUUUCUUUAUACUUAAGAGAGUUUGAUUAGUUCAGAUUGAUCUCCCAGCUGGACCAUUUUUGGAUAUUGGGAAUGUGAGGGUUAGUUGAGAGGAAUGGGGCAUAAAGAUUAGGCAGCCAAAACCAAAUGGCCACUGUACAUUUCAGCUGUAUCAGCUGACUGGGGGAGUAGAGUUUAGCAAGGCUGAAGUUGGCCUCUUUCAAGGCUGAUUGCCAUUUACUUGGAAUUGUUGAUUGCCCUUCUGCUAUAGUUGGAGGUGAAAGGGGAGUAUGAAUCACUUAAGAACCAAGGCCCAGAUGCUUGAAAAUCAGUUUGAAUUUUUUUCCUGAAAAUGACAUGUGAUCACUUGUAGGGUCAACCCCCUCCAGAGUGAAGCAGGCUGGACAGGUGACCGUGGAGAGUUUUCAAUGCCCUUAUCUACUGGGUGAUGGAUGAGCAGUGAGCUGCAUGUGGCAGGACAGGAUUUUUUCCUCCUUUUAGGAGAGGAUAGAGAAUUAAAUUCAAAGGAACAUUGUAAGAGGACACAGAACAGCAAAACACAUCAAAUACAAAUCCACUGUGUGCAGAAGGUUGAAAUAAGGGUGGCAAAGUCAUUAUAGAAUUGUUUUGAAGACUAAUAUUUUUCAAAAACUAUCUGUUACGGAUAAGACUUGAAUUUAUUGAUAAUGAACUUUGCCCAGUCAGCAAAAAUAAUGGAUAACCUCUACACUGGAAGUUGAGAGAGCAUGGCAAAUGAUUUAGUUUACAAUUACAUUUGAACAGAUUACCUUUUCAUUGUGAUGUGCAUGGAACACGCCACCCUCUUGUUUUCCUUUCCUUCCUGAGCAAGUUUGAUGGGAGGCAUGGGUACCGGAUUGUCACAGAACACAUGAACAGUUCUCAAGCAGCUGCUCCCUAAGGCCAAUAGAAGAGCCCUGGGCUAACGGCUGGAUUUAGGAGGUAGAGCAUGAGAGUGUUCUCAUCCAGUGCUUCUCCAACUUGAGUGUGCAGCACACUCACCUGGAGGACUUGUCCGUACAGAGUGCCGGGCCCCACCCCCGGAGUUUCUGAUCCCCUUGGUCUGGGGUGGGGCCAGAACAUGACAGUUACCUUGCAGCUGCUGCUGCUCUACCAGUCUUGGAUUUCAGUAUGAGGUACCUGGUAUUCCUGUGAACGUGAGAGUGUUAGAAUAUUGUUUAUUCAGAAGCACACGGUUGGAAAACACCUAUGGAGAGACCAAGUGCCAGUCAGUAGGACUUAAUUAGAAUUAAUCCUAGAGAUUAGUUAGUUAACAGAACAACCAACCAACUAGAAUGGGUUAUUUGGCUUUGGUGUCUCCCCUCCCACCUAUCCUGUGACAACCCAUCCCCCAACAUUAAAGUCUCCACACCUGUAGUUUUAGCAGCCUAUUCCCCUCACUGUCCUCAUUAUUCCCCUUGGUCCCUACUCUCUCUCCCAAAGGUCCCACAUAAGAGUAGGGGGGACAAAAAAAAGGCAAACCUACUUUUAAAGAGGUUUGUAUCUACCACUAUCCACUCACUGGCCUCACUCACCUACCUUGUAGCCCCAAAAUUUGAAGCCUCGCCUCACCCUCCUUGUAACCCAAGUUUGACUCUUGUAGUUUAACUUCUGGGGAUCUCAGGCCUGGAGCAGGAUUACUCUUGACUGUUGAGUCAAGAAACUGACUCAACAGACCAUUCCGUUUGGUUAAUUCUGAAGCCAGAUGGCAGGGAGCAUUUAAAGGAAGAAGGACCUUGUGCCAGCUGCGAACACAGAGCAGCACCUCGUGUGUUUUGUUGAGGAAACUCUCAGCAUAAGGAAGUAAUCCAGAAUAGAAGGGCUGUAGUCAUCUAGCCGAUGUUGAUUAUGGAACUCCUUUGCUUUCCUGUCACUUGAAAUUUGAAAUGGUCAACAGGGCUUAGUAGAUGAGGUGGGGGUGGGGGCCAAUGGAGCAAUUCUGUCUCAGUCUCCAUCCUAAAACCAUCUGGGAUUGCAUGUUAGGAACAUUGGACACAAUAAAGCAAAUCCAGAGUACUGAUCGCCCUAAAUGAUAUGGGACAGAAGAACCUCACUUGCCAGCUCUCUCGUACCCCUUGAAGCUCACAAAAGAGAUCAGAGGAGUCUCUUCCUCCCUGCCCAUUUCACUGUCUGGACUUGGGCUCUAGCCUCAAAGGGCUCUUAAAGUAAAACCAUCCCGUUUUAAUGCACUGCCUGCCUUAGUCUUUUCUGAUCUAGGGUAUAUAUAACCUGUGAGAGAUCUACCUCAUUCUCAAACUUUAUUGCUCUUAAGAGCAAGAUAGAGUCAGUGUGUAUGGAGCAGCCCCUUCACCUCUGGCCAUCUGGAUGCUCUCACCCACAUUGUACAACCCUUGGUAAGUAGCAAAAGCUUAAAAGUUGGCUUGCUGGUAUAGCCUGGAUAAUUGUGAUUUUACAUGGGAAGCUCUUGGGGAAAUGCUCAUCUUUUAACUUGUUUAGGACAGUGCCUACUUCAGCCAGUAGAAAACAAACCUUGAACACCACCAGAAAAAAAAUGUUGGGCAUACAUCGCCAAUAAAUGUGUAUUUCUUGAUAAAUUAUAUUGAAUUAUGUAUAUCGUCAAAUAAAAGACUUGAAUGAUAAAAAAAAUAUAUAUAUAUAGAAAUAAAACUGAAGAUCUUUUUUUUCUUGUA